AUUGAAUUAGCAGUUCUAUGUUGUUAAAAAAGGCUCUUGUACUGUUGACCUGUUGUACAUACAAACAUCAAUAAGUAGUUGUUACACAUCACUUACACCACAUUCAUUUAACGUUGCACUAAUUUUUUUCAUCAAAAUAAUCUACAUCACCAUUAUUAAUUUUUUUAAAAAUACACUAAAGUACACAAAACCCAUCCAUAAAAUUAAAUGCAACCACAAAGUGUAUUAAAUUUCCCACUUCAUAAUUCCACUAUUAACACAACCAAUACCUUCCCUCUUUAAUUCCCACCCCUCAAUCACAUUUUAUAAAUACCCCACCAAAAAAAAAACAUCAAAAUCAUCAUUUUUCUCACUAAAAUUUAUUCUUUGAAAAAAAAAGGGGGAAAAAUAAUGAAGGGAAAAGAAGUAGUGAAGGUGCAAUCAGUGUUAACAGUGGUGUCAAGCACACCAGUAAACCCUCCAGGCAGGACCUUGACGCUAUCACCACUAGACCGGGCAAUGGAGCAACACACACUUCACGUAAUAUUUUAUUUCAAAUCCGGUUCAAUCGAAUUUAACAGGGUUAGACCAUUUUUGAAUGAGGUACUAACCAUGUAUCCGAAUGUGGUUGGGCGGUUAGCCAAGGACGGUGACGGUAGUUGGUUAGUGAAGUGUACUGAUGCUGGUCUGCGGGUGCACCGUGCUACGGUAGGGGUUAGUGUUGAUGAUUGGCUUAGAUCCGCCUCUGCUCAGGAUGAGAUCAAACUUAUUGUUCAUCAGGAGGUUCCUCCUGAUACUCAGUAUUGGGCUCCUUUUCGUAUGCAGGUAACUGAUUUUGAAGGCGGUGGAACAGCCAUUUCAUUGAGCUGCCCUCAUAUGCUUGCUGAUCCUAUCAGUGUGACCCUAUUAAUCAAGUCAUGGACCGAAGCCUGCCACAACGAUGUCAUUGUCCACCCUCCGUUCCUCAACACUCAUGUUAUCAAUCAGCCGCCCACCUUCAUCACUCCGAGUACUACUACUACUUCACCCUCUUACUACGCUUCCAAGUCAAAAGCAUUGAAUCCUAACCCCAAAGUAAAAAUGGUUUCAGCAACCUUCAGCUUCUCUGAUUCAGCAAUCAAGCAAUCUCUCGCCAAAUUUGAGUCUACUGUCCCUGAUGCGACCCCAUUUGCCCUGUUAACAGCCCUUUUUUGGACGCGUAUUGCAGAACUCAAGGCUCAGACCCAUGAAGACAUCCAACAGUCCAUUUCAAUCUGCAUGGACAUGAGGAAGAAUUUGCGUGCCCCUUUGCCAUACGGAUACUUUGGUAAUGCCUUGCACUUCUCUAAGUUGACAGUGAACACUGAAAAAAUGAGCAAUGGAGAUCUAGGGCAGGUGGCAGAACUCGUGCACCACCAUGUGACCGGGUUCAAGGAUGAGGAGUUUUGGUCAGCUGUGGAUUGGCUGAAGUCUAGGAAGGAUGAUCAGGGCAAGUUUCUCCCUCCAUUUCAGAUGUACGGUCCUGAGCUGACGUGUGUUAACAUGGAGAGCAUGAUUGCUCCCAUUAAUGUUCGGGAGAAAGAAUCUCAGCCAUUGAUGUAUGGGAUGGAAUUUGUUAAGGAUCAAAAACCUGCACAUGUGUCGUAUCAUUUGGAGAACGUGCAAGGUGAAGGGUUGAUUAUGGUAAUGCCUUCCCCUGAUGAAGGGUUAGCAAGGAGAGUAACUGUCACACUUCCUGAGGAAGAACUGGAAAAGCUGUUGCAGGAUAAGGUCAUUCUAAGCCUAGAACCAACUCUGCUACUUAGUGGGAAAUGCUAAAAUCAUAUGCUGACUUAUUCUUAGUC